AUGGUCAAAAGCCCGCUCAGCUUGGCAACGCCUAAUGAACCGGGCCGCUGGAGAGUAUAUUUUGAUCAACUCAAGAGCAGAAGUUGGAAAACAAGUUCUGGGAGUACAUUUCACACCCGUCGAAAUGUGUCCGCGCUGGUUCGUAGCGAAGUAACUUUCUGCGGCUCAACCGAGCGCGUCCCUUCAACAGGAAACGAAGUCCGAGCGGGGGGCUAUUCCGCGCGCGCAAAUCUUCCGGCGAGCGGACUUCGCGCGGCUUCGAAGCCGCCCGGUGCAGCACUCACCUUAGGCCGGCCGUCCGCUCACCGUCGGGCGGCGGUGUUGGCCCAUGGCGCGCUCACAGAACUCACUCGCAGCGGGCCCCGCUCACUGAGUCACGUGUCGACGUACCGACGGAGUCCGCGCGUGUCGGCGCCAGGUGGCCGCCCGCGUUGUUUACGGCCGCUUACGCAACGCAGUUGUCGCGUUGACGCGCGUCAGUCGAGUGCCGGCCGAUGCUUUACGAGCGGCGCCUCCCCCCACGGCGCGCCGCGACGCCGCACUAAAUCCGCGAGUCGGCGAGCACCCGGCCCCCUUAAUCCGGCAUCGGCGCGGCGACGGGGCCCGUCGAUUAAUUGGACGGUCGGCGCGGACGGUCGUGUCGCAGCGGUCGGGCACAGCGCGCCCGUGGCCGGCGAGUGCGCCGCGCCGGAGUUUCUUCGUGUAUCGUCCGAUGCACCAGACGCU